AUGAACUUUUAUCUUGUGCUUAUACUAGCAGCUAUAAUAGCUGGGGCGUUUUCAAAUGAGAAGAAUAGACAAAAUUAUAGUAGAAUAAUAAAAAAAAGAAAUAGUGAAAAUAGGAUGAUAAAACUAGUAUUAUUUUUAUAUAGAAAUACUGUACAUAAAAAAAAAAAAAAAAAAUUUAAAAAUUGGAACAGUAAAGAGAAUAAUAUAUGUUCCUAUAUAUACACGGUUAAAAAUCCAUUAAGGUGCAAAGUAGUAGAUAAGGUAAAACUAGUGAGAAAAAAUGCUUUACAUGAUGUUUAUAAUCUCGAAAUUAAUCAUAAUGGAAUGUUACAGUAUAUAGAAGGUCAGUCAUGCGGAAUAAUACCAUAUUACAACCAAUUAGAUGAGUUAAAAGAUAAAAUUUUAAAUGAACAAAAUUGUAAUGAUAGUAGUGUGAAUGGACAAAAUUGCAGUGAUAAUAAUGUACAUGCAAACACUAAGGAAGGGGGGAACAUAAAACGAAAGAAUUGCGCAAGAUUGUAUUCAAUAUCUUCUAGUAAUUCACAGAAUUUAUCUGUAGCUAUAAGGAUUCAUAAAUAUGUGGAUGAAACGGAUGGAAUAAAACAAUUAAAAUAUGGUUACUGCUCAGAGUUUAUAGAAAACAUAAAAAAGAAUGAUAAUAUUUAUUUAACUGGACCACAUGGAAAUUUUAAUUUACCAAAUGAUGUUGUUGAAAAAAAUGUUAACUUAAUUUUAGUGGCAACUGGAACUGGUAUUUCUCCAUAUAUUUCUUUUUUAAAAAAAAUAUUAGGCUGCGAAAAUACUAAUAUGAAUAAGAGCUCAAAUUAUAAUGGUCUUAUAUAUUUAUUUUAUGGGGUAUAUAAUGAAGACUCUAUUUUAUAUAUAAGUGAACUGGAACAUUUUAAAAAAGUGUAUCCACAUAAUUUACAUAUUACUUACAUUUUUUCUGUAAAUAAAAAUAAGGAUGGAUGUUCUUUUCAUGUUCAAGAUGAAAUAUUUAAAAGGAAAGAAGAGUUUUUGCAUCUUUUUAACUAUUACAAAUGUGAGCUAUAUAUAUGUGGACACAAAUCCAUAAAAAAUAAAAUUUUAGAUAUUUUGAAAAAUGAUCAGGAGUUGGACAGGGAAAAGAGGAAAAGGAUACAUGUGGAAGUUUAUUAA